GGAGCGAGCAGGGGAGCCGAGCCGAGAGAAAGAGCCGGGCGCUGCCUCGCCAGAUCUCGCCGGGCCCGCGGGGCCACCGGGAGACACUUUUUUGUGGAGGGGGGUGGGGGGCGACCUCGGCAGCCGCGGCGCCCAGAGCGCCCGAGCGCAGCGUGCGGCAGGCUGCAACCUCUGCCUCGAUGGAUUGCAUUUUAAACUGAGGAUUCCUAGCAGCUCUUGGGAUUUUUUACAGUUCCACUCAUGUGUUGACACCGCGUUCAGGAGAAACUCGCUUCAAGUGCAUCUAGUUCCUGGACUUGAGACGGAGUUGAUCUUUACGUGCGUGCAAACCCAAGGAUUUUGGUUUUGUUUUGAGGUGUUUUGUGUUUUUUUUUUUCCUCUCUCUGUCUCUUUUUUCCUUUUGCAGAGUUUAAGAAGUGAGCUGAGGUUAUUAACAAGCCUGCCUUUCGGAUCCUGCAGGGAAAAGCCCAUGUAGUUAAGCUCUUGGGUUUUGGAGGCAGGGCUUCUUAAAAACUUUUAGGGGGUUCGGCUCGAGCGCUUUGUGCUCAUGGACCAGCGGCGCAACUUUUGAAGGCUUGCGGGCCCAUGCGAGAUCUCUCUGGCGGCGCGGUGCCUGCAGCCCCCUUAAAACUCGGGGGCUGGCGUUGUUGAGCAGCCGUGCCGCCGGGGUCCAUGUAGCCGCUGGCCCAGCGCAGACAGCGGCUCGGCGAGCGCGUGUUCCCGGCCGCUUUGGCCCGGCCGUCCCGCCCCGGCGAGCUCCCUCAUGUUGCAGCCCUGCGGCGCCCCUUCGACGACAAGCUGUGCGCGGUCUGCACGGCGCCCUGCGGCGACGGAGCUUCAUGUGGGGCUGCGGCCCGCGCAGCCUGCGCCUCUCUGAGGGAACGGACCCCCGGUAACCGGAGACCGCCUCCCUCCCACCCCUGGCGCCAAAGGAUAUCGUAUGUUCAGGUCCAAACGCUCGGGGCUGGUGCGGCGACUUUGGCGAAGUCGUGUGGUUCCCGACCGGGAGGAAGGCGGCGGCAGUGGCGGCGGCGGCGGCGACGAGGAUGGGAGCUUGGGCAGCCGAGCUGAGUUGGCCCCGCGGGCACGAGAAGGCGGAGGCUGCAGCCGCUCCGAAGUCCGCCCGGUAGCCCCGCGGCGGCCCCGGGACGCGGUGGGGCAGCGAGGUGCCCAGGGCGCGGGGAGACGCCGGCGCGCAGGGGCACCCCCGAGGCCCAUGUCGGAGCUGGGGGCUAGUGCUGGGGGGUCCCCGCUGGAAGUAGCAGAGCCAGGAGGCCCUGGCUGGCUGCCGGAGAGUGACUGUGAGACGGUGACUUGCUGUCUGUUCUCGGAGCGGGACGCCGCCGGCGCGCCCCGGGAGGCCACCGACCCCCUGGCCGGGACUGCCUUGGAGCCCCCUGGAGGCGGGCGGAGUCGUGAAGCCCGCUCGCGGCUGCUGCUGCUCGAGCAGGAACUCAAGACAGUCACGUACUCGCUGCUGAAGAGGCUCAAGGAGCGCUCUCUGGACACGCUGCUGGAGGCGGUGGAGUCCCGCGGCGGCGUGCCGGGCGGCUGCGUGCUGGUGCCGCGCGCUGACCUCCGCCUGGGCGGCCAGCCCGCGCCGCCGCAGCUGCUGCUCGGCCGUCUCUUCCGCUGGCCCGACCUGCAGCACGCCGUGGAGCUGAAGCCUCUGUGCGGCUGCCACAGCUUCACCGCCGCCGCUGACGGGCCCACCGUGUGCUGCAACCCCUACCACUUCAGCCGGCUCUGCGGGCCAGAAUCACCGCCACCCCCCUAUUCUCGGCUGUCUCCUUGUGACGAGUACAAGCCACUGGAUCUAUCUGAUUCCACAUUGUCAUACACUGAAACGGAGGCCACCAGCACGCUCAUCACUGCUCCAGGCGAAUUAUCAGACGCCACCAUGUCUCCGGAUGCCACGAAGCCGAGCCACUGGUGCAGCGUGGCGUACUGGGAGCACCGGACGCGAGUGGGCCGCCUCUACGCGGUGUACGACCAGGCCGUCAGCAUCUUCUACGACCUACCUCAGGGCAGCGGCUUCUGCCUGGGCCAGCUCAACCUGGAGCAGCGCAGCGAGUCGGUGCGGCGCACACGCAGCAAGAUCGGCUUCGGCAUCCUGCUCAGCAAGGAGCCCGACGGCGUGUGGGCCUACAACCGCGGCGAGCACCCCAUCUUCGUCAACUCCCCGACGCUGGACGCCCCCGGCGCCCGCGCCCUGGUCGUGCGCAAGGUGCCUCCCGGCUACUCCAUCAAGGUGUUCGACUUUGAGCGCUCGGGCCUGCUCCAGCACGGGCCUGAGCCCGACGCUGCCGACGGGCCCUACGACCCCAACAGCGUCCGCAUCAGCUUUGCCAAGGGCUGGGGGCCCUGCUACUCCCGACAGUUCAUCACCUCUUGCCCCUGCUGGCUCGAGAUCCUCCUCAACAACCACAGAUAGCCCAGGCGGAGGGCCAGCGGGGAGGCGGCCACCCCACCAUCUAACCCCCUGCAAGAGGGGCCAGCGCCCAGAGACACACCUCCCACGGACGUAAACCCCCUCCCCAAAUAUCAUCUACCUAGAUUUAAUAUAAAGUUUUAUAUAUUAUAUGGAAAUAUAUAUUAUACUUGUAAUUAUGGAGUCAUUUUUACAAUGUAAUUAUUUAUGUAUGGUGCAAUGUGUGUAUAUGGACAGAACAAGACGCACUUUGGCUUAUAAUUCUUUCAAUACAGAUAUAUUUUCUUUCUUUUCCUCCUUUCUCUAUUUUAUUUCGUUGUUGUUUUUUUUAAAAAAAGAAAAUGAUACAGCAGAGCUAGGUGGAAAAAAGAAAGCCUGGGUUUGGUGUAUGGUUUUUGAAAUAUCAAUAACCCAGGCAAAAAGCUAAUACCAGCCACUCGAUAAUAAAGUAUUUGCAUUAUAGAUUUUU